GCCGUCGCAAUGCAAGGAAGGAUACGUGAAAUCUAGGUCUGACACGGCCGCUUCCGCGUCCCCCGGAUGCCUGACGCCGGCUGGGACGACGCGUACCUCUGCCUGGCCUGGGCCUGCACCGUGGCCAUGGGCCUCAUCGUGGCCGUGCCCCUCCGGCGCGUCGGGUUCGGCCUCGACUUCGGCGGGCCGCCGCCGCAGGACAGCGUCGACACGGUCUUCUGGAUGUACGUCAUGACGCCAAUCUGCUUCUCUGCCCACACGUUGCUCAAGGCGUCCUUCCUUGCCUUUUACGCGCGCAUCUUUGGCAGCCCCGAGCUGGGGCUGCGCUUCCUCGGCAUGUGCGACCUCGCGUCGCUUCUGCGCUGGUUCCAGUGGCUCAACAUGCUGCUAGGCCUCACCCUGGACUGUCUGUCGCUCGGCCCCCAAUGGGUUAGGGCCAACGGCGGCCGUCGUCCCGUCAACUUGAGUGUCCUGCUCUGGGAGUGUAGCCUGCGAGAGUCGGCGCGUGCUCGUGUCGGUCAUUUCCGAGACAAGGCGGCUAACCUGGGCCCCGGCUUAGGUCGCAGAGCAUCUCGAACGUGAUGUUGGACUUUUGGGUGCUUGUUUUGCCUGUCCCAAAUACCACGGCUGAACAAGUCCUGGGCAGCAAAGCUUGGGGUUGCGGCCAUGUUCUCUCUCGGUAUCAU